AAUGGAUCUUUGUCUACGACUCACGGUCGAUUCUGUCGACCAAAAAUAUCGCACCGUCUGGUGGUAUGCUUUUGUGGCCCUUCUGGACCACGUAACACACGUCAUAUUUCUCCUCCGGGGAUUCGAGUACUACGCCCAGUCUCAAGCAAAGCCGGUCUUCCCUCCGCGGAUACAACAAGUUUUUGCCAAGCGUCGUUCAACGGCAGGAAGUUUGAGUUAUUGGCAUCGUCCUCAUCGUUCCACUGGCCUUCCUGUGGUAUUUUUUCAUGGUAUAGGCGUUGGCCUAGGGCCUUACAUCCGAUUCCUCACAGAGGUUGCUGGAGGAAACAGUAACGGUCAGACUGGUGUGAUUGCCUUGGAGAUUCUGCCUGUUUGCUUCCGGUUGACUGGGCCGCCGCUUGGUAAAGAGGCUUUCCUUCGACAAUUCAAAGCGAUACUGGAUCGACAUGCGUGGUCAGAGUUUACACUCGUAUCUCACUCGUACGGUUCUAUAUUAUCGACUCACGCCAUGCGAUGCCCGGAGAUACAAGCGAGAAUCCCCCGUGCAGUGCUUGUUGACCCGGUGAGCAUAAUGCUGCACCUUCCUGAUGUUGCCUAUAAUUUCACGAGACGCCGACCAAAGACUGUCAACGAGUGGGUGAUGUGGUAUUUCGCGGCCACAGAUCCCGGAGUUGCGCAUUGUCUUGGCAGAUACUUCUUUUGGAGGGAGAAUGCCAUCUGGGCCGACGAGCUAACUGGGUACGGCGAAGUGUCAGACUCUGCGAGCGAUGAGCGGAUCAAAGAAAGGCGGAUUACUGUGUGCUUGGCUGAGCUGGAUCUGAUCGUCAAUACGCGUGCUGUCGCCAGGUAUCUGGCUGGUGGAGACUGGACAGAGUGUCCCGCACGGUUGCGAGGCGAGCAAGGUCGGCACAAUCAUGUCGAGCCACCAAAUGGGCCUGUCCAAGGCGUGCAGUCCUUCAAUCAUCGUUCGUCCCAUUCAGGCAUUAACAUUAUCUGGUUGCCGGAAAAGGACCAUGCGGAGGUUUUCUUUUCUGGACGAGACAGAGCACGGGUUGUGGCUGUCAUACGAGACUACUGCCGAGCAUGA